GCGCGGCGCGCUCCCGCGCCCCUCCCGCGCGAGCUCCACCCAGGUCGCAAGCAGCGCGGUCGGUGGCGCCUAUUUCCCGCCAUUGUGCGAAGUGGAGGCUGGGGACCCGUACGCGUAGCCUUCCCGUCGCCUGCAGCUCCUGGGCCGCUGCCGACGCCGCCGCUGCCGUUCCCUGAGGCCGGGCGGCCGGCGCCACGAGUCUCGCCCUGCGUGGGAGGGCGCGGGCGAGGCGCGGCCGAGCCCCCAAGGAGGAGCCGUGGUGCGGGACGGCGGUCGGCGAGAUGCCGUGUGGGGAGGAUUGGCUCAGCCACCCGCUCGGUAUCGUGCAGGGCUUCUUCGCCCAAAAUGGAGUUAAUCCUGACUGGGAGAAGAAAGUAGUUGAAUAUUUCAAGGGCAAGCUGAAGGAAAAUAAUGCUCCUAAAUGGGUACCAUCACUGAAUGAGGUUCCCCUUCAUUAUUUGAAACCUAACAGUUUUGUGAAGUUUCGCUGCAUGAUUCAGGAUAUGUUCGACCCAGAGUUUUACAUGGGAGUUUAUGAAACGGUUAACCGAAACACAAAAGCACGUGUUCUUCAUUUUGGAAAAUACAGAGAUAUAGCAGAAUGUGGGCCUCAACAAGAAGUUGAUUUAAACUCUCCACGAACCACCACUUUGGAGAGACAGACUUUCUAUUGUGUUCCAGUGCCUGGGGAGUCUGUGUGGGUAAAAGAAGCCUACGUUAACGCCAACCAAGCUCGAGUCAGCCCUUCCACAUCGUACACUCCCAGCCGUCACAAGAGGAGUUACGAAGACGAUGAGGACAUGGACCUGCAGCCUCACAAACAGAAAGACCAACAUGCAGGUGCCAGGCAGACAGGGAGUGUCGGUGGUCUUCAAUGGUGUGGCGAGCCAAAACGUCUAGAAACGGAAGCUUCUACUGGACAACAACUGAACUCCCUGAACCUCUCUUCCCCUUUUGACCUGAAUUUUCCACUGCCAGGGGAGAAGGGCCCUGCGUGCCUUGUGAAGGUGUAUGAAGACUGGGAUUGUUUCAAAGUAAAUGAUGUUCUUGAGUUAUACGGCAUACUUUCUGUAGACCCUGUGCUAAGUGUACUGAAUAAUGAGGAAAAGGACGCCUGUUCCCUCCUGGAUCCAAUGGAGUGCACAGACACAGCCGAAGAGCAGAGAGUGCACAGUCCUCCUGCUUCCUUAGUGCCAAGAAUUCAUGUGGUUUUAGCCCAGAAGUUGCAGCACAUCAAUCCAUUAUUGCCAGCUUGCCUUAACAAAGAGGAGAGCAAAACCUGUAAGUUUGUUUCAAGCUUCAUGUCCGAAUUGUCUCCGGUCAGAGCAGAACUGCUUGGGUUCCUAACCCAUGCCCUUUUGGGAGACAGUUUGGCUGCUGAAUACCUUAUAUUACAUCUCAUCUCUACCGUGUAUACAAGAAGAGACAUCCUUCCACUAGGAAAAUUUACAGUUAACUUGAGUGGUUGCCCAAGGAAUAGUACCUUCACGGAACACUUAUAUCGAAUUAUUCAACAUCUUGUUCCUGCAUCUUUUCGUCUACAGAUGACUAUAGAGAACAUGAACCAUUUGAAAUUCAUUCCCCACAAAGACUAUACAGCCAAUCGCUUGGUCAGUGGGCUUCUCCAGCUACCCAACAACACUUCUCUUGUGAUUGAUGAAACUCUCCUGGAGCAAGGCCAGCUUGACACUCCAGGUGUUCAUAAUGUGACGGCCCUGAGCAACCUUAUAACUUGGCAGAAGGUGGAUUAUGAUUUCAGUUACCACCAGAUGGAAUUCCCCUGCAAUAUUAAUGUUUUGAUUACUUCAGAGGGAAGAUCACUGCUACCGGCAGACUGCCAGGUCCACUUACAGCCACAGCUGAUCCCACCAAACAUGGAGGAGUACAUGAACAGCCUUCUCUCAGCGGUGCUGCCUUCUGUGCUAAACAAAUUCCGCAUUUACCUGACCCUUUUGAGAUUCCUGGACUAUAGCAUAUCUGAUGAAAUAACCAAGGCAGUUGAAGAUGACUUUGUGGAAAUGCGCAAGAACGAUCCUCAGAGCAUCACUGCUGAUGAUCUCCACCAGCUGCUCAUUGUAGCUCGGUUUCUGUCUCUCAGUGCUGGUCAGACAACACUGUCAAGAGAACGAUGGCUAAGAGCAAAGCAGCUAGAGUCUUUGAGAAGAACCAGGCUUCAACAACAGAAAUAUGUGAAUGGAAAUGAACUUUAAGCAUCUGAUACCUAUGAAAGAGUAAUGGGCAAAUUGUAGCCACAUUAUUGUACAAUUCAAAUAUCAUUUAUACCACAUUGUUUUUGUAGAUAAUUUGUAUCAAAAACCAAUGACUUUUCCUGAAAUCAAGCCUGGUGACAUCUGAAGUUUAUAUCAUAUUCAGUAAGGGCUUUUACCUUGCUGAUUUUAUGGAGCUUUUGGAGUUUGUUUUAUAAUUAUAUAAAUUAGUAACAAUGUACAAAAAAUGUAUUUGAUAUUAAAAGUUUAAUAUUGAUAAGAUAAUGUUGUUGAUUAUACCAUUUCCUUAGCUUCAGCUAAGUCAUAGGCCAGACUCUGUUAAAAUGCUAGCAUCAACUUCAUUUGAAGAAAAUCGUAGCAAUUCCAAAGUCAGGAAUUGUUCACUUAAGAUUUUUACGUCUUUCUAGUUAACAGUGGAUCUGAAUGUGUUUAGUGGCCAAGUGUUUGGGAAAUGAUACUGCAGAAUUUCACAUGAUUUCCCAAACAUCUGAUCACAGAACCUUUUUUCUAUUAACAGUUGUUAACCUGCAAAACUAGUCUUUACUGUGGCAGUGGUUCCCAUACUUUUGGAGUUCACAGACCAGUAAUGUUUCUCCAAAUUUUGAGAUGGACAAGGUUGCCAAUUUAUUUUGCCAAGUUACCUGAGAGAAAUCACUGUACUAUCAUCAUUACUUUUUUCAUAAGAGGAAUAUCUCAGAAUGAGAUACUCCUUUAAAUGGAAUAAAUGUAGCUUUUUGAAAAAA